CUUUUUAUCUCUUCUCUCUCUUUGCAGCCCCCUCCCCAAGCUUGUGUUCAACAGGGUAAACGGAAAGAGACCACCAUUGAUGAUCUCGCCCCCCACAACCACAGAGGAAAACUACACUGUAGCUCACGAAGAAAAUGUCCGGUUUGUGUACGAAGCUUGGCAACAGGUGGAACAGCAACUGGACAAUCGAGAACCAGGAGAAGGCGGAUCUGGCCCCGUACAAUACACAGAGAAAACGCCCAGUCCUGAAUUGAAAGAUUUUGUUCCCAUUGACCUGGAAGACUGGUGGGCCCAACAAUUCCUAGCCAAAAUCAAGAAUGGUUCUUAAUGAAGGGAGGAGGCACCACUUUAGAAGAGAAGAUGUCAAUUUCACUCUAAGAAAACGCACACUCACCCAAGUGCAGAGAGAACAGAACAAAUAAAGGGGGGCACGGACCGCGGUUGGGGGGAGGGGGCAGAAGGGGCACGACUGUGGCUGUUCAGCUGGCUUUGAAAUGCUGAGAUCCCCCUGCCCAGAAGAUGCCUGCAGACCGUACAUUGUGGAAGCGCCAUGGCAGCAAGGGAGUGGGGGUGAAGGGGGCAUCCUUCUCCUCCCUUGGGCCUGGCCCCCAGCAGCAAGUCAGCUUUGGCCCCAGAGCCUAGACUGUGUUCACAAUAAAUGCACUGAUCCUGCCAGUGGAACAAACCAGCCUGUCUGAAAGGAGUUCUUGGUGGGGGUUGGUCUCCCCAAGGACGCCUCUCCCGAAAAAGGAAGCGAAAAUGCCAAGGAGAGCCAGUGACGGAAGUCCAGCUGCCGUUUCUCAGAACCACCCAGGAUCAGGCACCCGGUCAACGUCAAAAGGCACAGCCUUGUCAACGUUUAGGCGGAUGCAGGCUCGGGAAAGCGCGUAGCUGGGGUGACCUCCCUCCAGUGCUCUGAAUUCCAGUUGCCACAGCAGAAAGCUGAGUUUGGUCCCCUUUUUCGGCUUGCCUUGCACAGCACAGGAGCCCCUAAACGUGGGUGAACAAGCCACGGGGUUUGCAAACCGUCUUGUGGCUUCAUCUCAUGUCCUGGUUGCUACAACACACUAAGACAUCAUUGGGUUUAGCUUUGGGGUAGCCCAAAAGCAGGGUUUGCGGGUUUGGGUGUUGUCCGAACACAGCUGGCAUCUUUUUGUCCAGUCCUUCAGUGAUCAAGCUCUUAGCAAGUAAACCAGCUCUCGCAUGCAAAAA